AUGAGACCUCUUCAUCACCCGCUCUUUCUGUUCCUCCUCGGUAGUGCGGGUGCAGAUACAUUCACCCCUCUCCCCAACGCCAACCACAUCUUCAACGCCAUCCACAACUCCAUGCGUCAAUGGGGCUCUUCCCUGCACCACAACGGCAUGUCUUUCUUCAUGGCUUCCGUUCCGGCAGGAACCCAAUUUUACCAUGGCAAUUUCCGCCCCGGAGACGUCACCGGUCCUGAGUGGCUGGCUUUUGAGCCCGAACAUGCCAUGGUUUUCGCGAGGCCGAGACCUCGUGGGCAUCCUCCUCCUCCACCUGCCUCAUGGGCUGACAUCGAUGGAGCCCAGAUGCCAUUAAUGCCUCCUCCUCCUCCGAGCCCAGAGCCCGAACUAACAGCCAUCGACAAAGACGCCGAUAAAAAGGAGAAAGAGGAGGUGGGCUAUCUGCAUACUCUCACCGCGGUCCGCGACCUCCGCCUACUUUACAUCGACGGCAUGUCCGCGGCAAAGACAACCAACGGGACACUGGACUCUCAAGACCGCGUGCUGUUUCGGGAUGAGCUUGGAGACGGGCCAGGUAUGCAGGAGCGAGAACGGGCCGAAUUGCUGUGUCGCAUGGCGCGCGAGGACUGGGACUCAAAGUUGGACGGCGUGAUUCGCAUGGAGGCCGGCUUCGAAGUCAUACUGUGUGAUUUUGACCUCGUGGAUGAGGUCCGUGUUACGAGGGUGAAGGGGAAUACGGAAGGUGGGAAACGGCGAAUGGGGGAGAAGGUAUCUGGAAAUUCUGGUGAGAAAUUGAAGGGGAAGGGGAAAGGCGACGGGGGGCCACCAGACGGGGGGCUAUGGUUCAAGGCAAUAGCGGCGAGGUACAAUGGUAUAGGGGGGCAUCGGGUGCGAGUGGACUAUGAUUGGUUUGUGACCGCGUAUGAUGAUGAAUAUGAGUUAGCUUUGUUCCUUGGGAAGGACAGAGAGAGUCAACUGCCACGACUGCAUCAUCUCUCGAACGAGCAGCUGGAGCCACUCCGGGCCGAUUUGGACGAACUGGUUCGCAAGCACCAGAUGGACAAGGCCAAACUUUUCGAUUGGCAGGCUGUCGCGGACAUGGUGGUUCUGCGAUACGGACAUGACCUGCGGUACAUGGCCUCGGGUCAGGCUAAAACACUGGAAGAGCUUCAUCGGGAGCUCGAAAGCCUUCUAGGCCCAUUUAUCGACUACGGAGAAGGGAGGCGCGACUCAUUUCAGGAGACGGAGCGCUGUGCGACGCAAUUCAUCCCAGCUGGAGCACCGGAUAGGAGCAUCGCAGGGGAAGCGGUCCGGUCAGUGUCAAGGAGCAUCUGCUCCACCUUGGUGGAGGCGUGGAAUAAUCACACAGACUAUGAUGCAGCUAUUGGGCAGCUACGCCAGCUGAUGGAUUACCUGAACUGGACAAUGUGGAAGGAAUGCAGGGGUUGUGGCGACCAGGAGAUUUGCGUGGUGCCGAUUUGGCCGAUGGGGACGGUGGAGGAUUACGAGCAUCCGCAAUGUCGCGACGCGUCGAGACCAAGUGGCGAGGGAAGUCGAUAUUGGGGAGAUCCCCGAAGUCGAGGUCCAAAACCGCCUGGUCCGGACUCUUCUUUGUUUUCAUCCUUUCCUUCCUGGCUCGACCGUCUGAAGCACGCUUUCUACGGCUGA